GCAGCUUUAGCAAAUAUUAUCUAUAGUUCAGUGUCAGUCGCAGUAAACAUUUUUGGUUGCCCUACAAAAAACAAUAGUCAUAAAUUCCGAUAAUAAUUCGAUUAACAAAAAAUAAAAAAUCAUAAAAUAGAAAAAAAUUGAGUCGUUCAAGAAAUUAAUAUAAAAUCCUCCUCUAUCUUGGCCAACGUCAUAUUAGUUUUCUUUUAUUUCUGCACAGCUCUUCGUAUGUCCAUUCAGAACCUCAAUUCACGCGAUCCAUUCGCGGAUGCCAUCAAGGGACCCGAUGAUGACAUCCAAGACGGUCUCGUUCACAUUCGUAUCCAACAGCGUAACGGUCGCAAAACUCUAACCACUGUCCAGGGUCUAUCGACUGAAUACGAUCUCAAGAAGAUUGUACGCUCUUGCAAAAAGGAAUUCGCUUGCAACGGCACCGUGAUUGAACAUCCCGAAUACGGCGAGGUCCUACAACUCCAAGGAGAUCAACGUGAGAACAUCUGUCAGUGGCUAACCAAGGCCGGCCUGGCCAAGGCUGAUCGCCUCAAAGUACAUGGCUUCUGAGCGAAAAACAGAGGUGGAAAGAUAACAAAAAAAUACUCAAGUUGAAUAAUUACGAUAACACCACACAUACAACAGCGGAAACAACUGUUCAUAACAUUUUCAACAUGCAUGAUUUAUAGUUCAAUAUUAAUUAAAAGUUUUUCAGUUCUGCA